AUGGCAGUCCCUACGAAACCGGGAGACAGUACUUCAGGAGAAGAAGACACGGCAUUCCUCGAGCAAUCCUUCUUGGCCUACACCGUCCCUUUCAAGACAACUAUCAAUAUCGAGGAGGAAAUCAAGGCCGCCAUUGAAAAGGGCCAGCCAUUGGAGGAUUUUGAAAACCGGCCAUGGCUCUUCUUCGAUGAAACUGUCGAGGUCUUCUUGAUACUUCGCACCCACGGCCUGACCGACGAGUUGUUGAAGUCCUACUUGAAGAGGCUUGUUGUGACUCUGCAGGCGCAAAUAGUAAACAGUCCUGCGACAGAACGAACCGAAAUCGCACCUGCCUCGGAGGUGGUAUAUAAUGAGGACAUUGAAGAUGUGGAAAACCCCUUGACUGUCGUGGACAGUGCGCAGGCAGGCCAGGAAGAUGAUGGUAUGGCUCCAGGCACCAAAUACGUCGUAUGGAAAGCUUCAGCCUUCCUGACGAGACCCCGAAUGCGGCUAUAUGGGCCGUCUGUUGUGUUCUCGGCGACAGCGAGUUUGAAGCCCGGCCCGGAACAGCUUGGCGAGCAACAGGACGGCUACCUAGAGAGCGGUGUACCCGCAGGGCUUAACUUGCUCGGAUCCUUUGCUGGGGAUCCCCUCUUAGGUGGUGUCAAGCCUCACCUGUCUGCUGUACGAGUCUCUCGCGUCGCACCAGUCACUCAGUCCAAGGACUCGUUCCCAAUCCUCAAGGGCCAGCCCAGAAUCUCUCAGCAGAUUUACCCAGCCGCACAUACGCGUGUACGCUUUGCGCGGCCAAACACCAUACCACCCAGUCCAGCCAUAAUAGCCCUGCUAGAGAUCGAUUUCACACCUUACUUCGACUGCGAGGUUGCUGUGGACAAGGUUGACCUCUCCAUGCGGGAGGGUCAAGUUGAAGAUCUCAACAAUAUAUCCGGUCUAUCCCUACCUCUGAACUGCGUGGCACAUGACCACAUUACCCUCAUGUAUAGACUCGCCCCUCAGGAAAGCGACGUGCCCUCCAGAAGCCCAACGCGGGAGCUUCUCAUCUCCAUAGAGUGCAGCGCACUUGUUCAGGCAGGAGUCUGCACUCCCAAACUGCGCAUGGCAUGGUCUACCAUCCUGGACUUUACCCUUCCUGUCAACCCUGGUUUCGGCUCAGGCGUCAAUAAGCCUUUCCAGCGGUCCCACAAGCCAGCUCAGCUCUCCAUCAGCGACGGCACGAGCUUCGUCUCACCCUCGGUAUCUAGACCCGACUCCCUCCCCGGCCUCGAAGCUCUCGCAGAGCGUUCGAUCGAGACCAGCAUACCAGAGUUCGGAAUAACGAUGACGUUUACCGCGCCAGACGGGCCAAUAUACCCAGGUGACGAAUUCGUCUGGAACGUCUUCGUCGUUAAUCGCAACUCUACCUCCCUUAACCCUUCCAAACCACCCUCAGAAGCCAUCCCGGCGGCGCGCAAGCUGGCCCUCCUCGCAAUCCCCAGGCGGCGCAGAAACGACAUGCGCGUGAUACGGCCGCCCUCGACAGCCGGGCGGGACCAUCUCCUAGCAAGGCGCAAGUCCGCCAUUGCCGCGGCGAUCGGCGAGGGCCCCGAGGCGGAGAUCGCAGACGCGGUGCUGGACGAGAACAUCGUACACGCGAUGCAGCGGAGCAGCCUGGUGGACAGCACUGAGGUGGUCUGCCUCUCCGCGGACGUCCGCGUGGGCCCGCUGGCCCCCAACGCGUGCCACGUGGUCGAGCUGCGCUUCCUGGCGCUCAAGGAGGGUAUCGUGGGCGUCGAGUGCAUCCGAGUAGUAGAUCUUGGGAACCAGGAGCAUGUUGACAUUAGGGACCUCCCGGUCAUGGUUGUUGAAAAGCGCCAGGACUGA